CAAAAGAAAAUAAAAAGUUGUACGCAUCAAAGGAUGUGCUUUAUGCAGUAGAAGACUAAUAUUGAGAAAUAAAAGAACACAAGGAGACAACAGAAAAGGAAAACUGAAUAGCCGUUCUUAGAGUCGGAGAACACUAUUUCAUAUUGCAAAGGUAAAUCCCUCAGACAAUUAUCGACCGAAAUGGAGUGGUACCCAUUGGCACUGGUUCUUUGCUUGAGUUUGGCAUCUUCAGCCCAGGCAGACUGCUCAACCCACUGUUUAAUCUGCGCGCAGCAGAGUCCCAAUUUAGACACGCUCAUCAACAGUCUGACUUGCACCUUAGAGUGUGAAGGUACCCUCUCAUCUACAGAAGAACUAGAUAAAUGUGAUAAUGUCCUUCGGUCAUAUGCUGGUGGUUUGAAUGCCUUAAACGAAAGAAAUUACCCUGAACUCCGUGGCUCUGAGAGGGGAAACCCACAGGUCACAACUGCUGGCGAUGUAGUAAAGCGGUACGGUGGAUUCAUAAAGAAAAUAGACAAAAACAAAGUAUUUUCUCUCCCACGUGACAAUGCAAGUCUUAAACGGUUCUAUUUCGCGCCGAAAUAUGACAAUUCUCUAAGAAAAUUGUCGGAAAGAGACAUCCCAGAGGCAGAGCAGGAUUCCCGGCAGGAAGAUGGAACUUCGGAAGACGAAUUAACUGUCUUCAGCGACGACACUCCCAUCAAUGCAGUGAAGCGCUAUGGAGGUUUCCUCAGGAAAUUUGCCCCCAAGAGAAGCUACAACUCGGAUGAAAAUAGUCAAGAGGAGUUACAAAAACGUUACGGGGGUUUCAUGCGGAGAAUUCGACCGAAACUCAAGUGGGACAGCCAGAAAAGAUAUGGGGGAAUUUUGCGGCGUCAUUUCAAAAUAUCUGUUCGAUCGGACGAAGACCCAGGCUCGUACGAUGUAAUUGACCUAUAGAUUAUGCCUUUGGAACUUAAAUCACCAGUUCUCGUUACCCGUUCUCUCCCAUGUCCAUUUUCUGAUGAUCAGACCCAACUAGGCAACUGUAAUAUUGCUGUAAAGCAUAUUUAGAAUGAUAUAUGAUUUUGUCAGCCGCAUUUUACUGAAUUGGGGACGAACCAAUAAUACAUUGAUGUACCUGGAAAUGGCAAAUGUACCAUUUACGUUACGUAUUUAUAACAUAUGCUUGUAUAAUAAAAAUAAACCAACAAUAAACAUAAACAAA